AUGCCAGCUAUCACACUCUGCGAAACGUGUGGGCAGCGCCCGAGAUUCGUCGAGGCCUCUGGCAAAGUCCAUCCAUACUGCGGCAAGGCAUGCGCAGACGUCGCCGCUGCAGUAGCCGCGUCUACCAGCGCCAAGCCCCCGAAGACACAGAAGCCCAGCCCAGGUUCCCACUUCAGGCACACUUCCUCCCCGCCCACCAACGGACAGAGCGCACCUAGAGCCGCGAAACUCCCGCCUCCGUCGCCUGACCUGAACCAGGCGCUCGCGGACGAGCUCGCAAGCGCGAAGGCGCUGCAUGGGCAGGGCGUGGGGUUGGACAUCGUCGCUGAGUUCAAGCGGAGGGGCACGUGGCGGAUCGAGGACUGCAAGGGCAUGCGGGAGGUGUGGUUAGCGCGGAGGGCUGCGGACGAGUGGGUGAACAUCGCAUUUUCGUACGUGUUGCCAGAUGCAGCCGGGGGAAGUGGUGCGAGUGUGAAGGGGAAGGAGAAAGACGUGAGAUAUCAGGUUAUACUCUCCAAGCCAAAGAAGGGCGCCAUAAUCGUCAGCGGCAACACUACCACAAGCGGGAAAUUUGCGAUUGGGACAAUUGCGCACUGCUCAGACGGAGCCAAGGCCGCUGAGCGUACGCCCGAAGGGGAGCGCUAUCGUGCUAGUGUAUGGGAAGGGUCUAGGGUGUGUUCACAUAUCACCCUCGUGCUUAGCCUUCUUUUCAUUCAUGAGGAAAUCGAACAGUUUGACGACCUCCCAUCGCAUGUCCGCACAGGUUUCGUGCGAUAUCUGCAGAAGCGAGGGAUAGAUGACGAGCUUGCCAUGUUUGUUAGGGAGUAUGUGAAGCAGAAAGAACAAAUCGAGUACGUCAAUUGGCUAGAAAGUGUACAAACCUUUGUCGCUUGAACGACUUCAACCAACGCUUCUAAUGGACUGAUUAUCACGCGGAUACCCCACUCAUAGCCUAUUCACGCGCAGUGCAUCGUAACUUAUUCUUGGAUUUAUAUGACUGUUCGCACAUGCUGCUUACCGUAUCGUACUUGCGCAUCCUAGACUAGAGAUAUUCCCAUCUCGGAUCUAGUACCCCUCUAGCUACCUUCUUAUUGUAUUCAUGACAUCUCAUGGGC